CGAACCCAAGUUCCACCAGAGCCACACGUUUUCACUGCUCCCACGAAGGCACACCGCACACAGCCGCGGCCUGCAGGCGACGGUGACGGCGGCGGCGGCGCUCCAUCCUCCGCCCCUUCCCUUACUCGCGUUCGGCACGCAGGCGACGGUGACGGCGGCGGCGCUCAGGAUCGGGCUCUCAGCGACGGCGGCGGCGGUUUUCCCUCCCGGCUCUCGCCAGUCGCCUCGCGCUCUCGCCUCCGGUCCUCCGAACGCCGGCCGGUGACCCUGCUGGAUGACAUGAGCACACUAAAUACAAUCCUGAUGAAGAUGGCAGGAUUAGCUUCCUGCUGAGUUUUGUCCUACAAGAUUGCAAAGGGCAGAAUGUCAGCUAGGGAUUCUAAUCAUUCAUAUAAAUGUUCGGAUGAUUCUCAAAUGCCGUACUACAAUAACUCAGCACCUGUAGGAGAAAAUGGUAGGAUCCAUAUGGCAGAAAACAGUCUAGGACAUCAUUACUCAUCCUCCGAUAUUGGAUCACAAAGGAUCAACAAUUCCAACCCUCAAGUAUUUGAAGCACAGUACUGCACUCUGGAAUCAUCCUCAGCAAAUGGUGUUUAUCCUGCACAAAGCUCCACAUCUUCUCAUAGCAUCUCCCCUUUAAGUGGGAGCCCCCUGUCUCAGCAUGACAGCCACUCAGACCACACAUAUAGUUCUCCUCCAAGUGCUUCCUGUCUAACUGAGGUUGCAGAUCUCCUGAUUAAACAAAAAGAAUUAGAGAAUUCCAUUGUUGGACCUGGACUGGACAUUAGUUCUGACUGCUCUCGGAGCUUGUUGCAAGCCCAUGUUCCAGUGAGACCAGACAACUGGAGACAACUUCUGGGAAUUAAUGGAGGAGACUUGAUGCAAGUAGUCAUAGCAUGUGGUAAGGCUGUUGCAGAGAAUGAUGUCUUUGCAACAGAACUGUUAAUAUCUGAGCUUGGUCACCUGGUAUCUGUAUCUGGAGAUCCAAUGCAACGACUUGGAGCCUAUAUGCUUGAAGGAAUUGUUGCUAGACUUUCUUCCUCCGGCAGUAUGCUAUAUAAAUCUUUGAAAUGUAAAGAACCUACAAGCUCUGAGCUCAUGUCAUAUAUGCAUCUCCUUUACGAGAUCUGCCCAUUCUACAAGUUUGGUUACAUGUCAGCAAAUGGUGCCAUUGCCGAGGCUAUUAAGGGCGAGAACUUUGUUCACAUAAUUGAUUUCCAAAUUGCUCAGGGGAGCCAGUGGGUUACUCUGCUACAGGCCCUUGCUGCAAGACCUGGGGGGCCACCAUACAUUAGAAUCACUGGUAUAGAUGACUCAAAUUCUGCUUAUGCCAGAGGAGGCGGGCUUGAUAUAGUUGGGAGGACGUUGUGUGAUGUUGCUAAUUCAUGUGGUCUUCCUUUUGAGUUCAAUGCCGUUCCAGCUGCUAGCCAUGAGGUUGAGCUUCAGCAUCUUGCUAUAAGACAUGGGGAGAUUAUUGCUGUGAAUUUUGCCUAUCAGCUACAUCAUGUUCCUGACGAAAGUGUAAGUACAGAAAAUCAUCGGGAUAGGAUUAUAAGAAUGAUCAAGAGCAUCAAUCCUAGGGUUGUUACUCUCGUUGAACAGGAGUCAAAUACAAACACAGCUCCAUUCUUCCCAAGGUACAUGGAAACUCUCAACUACUAUACAGCCAUGUUUGAGUCGAUAGAUGUUGCUCUCCCAAGGGAUGAUAGGAGGCGGAUGAGCGCAGAACAACACUGUGUUGCAAGGGAUAUUGUUAAUUUAAUCGCAUGCGAGGGUGCUGAAAGGGUUGAGAGGCACGAGCUGUUUGGAAAAUGGAAGUCAAGAUUUGCAAUGGCUGGAUUUAGACCGUACCCACUGAGUUCAGUUGUGAACAACACUAUCAACACAUUGUUGCAUACCUACAACAGCUACUACAGGCUUGAGGAGAGAGAUGGUGUCCUUUACCUUGGAUGGAAAAACAGAGUAUUGGUUGUAUCUUCGGCAUGGUGUUGACAUUUCCUCUGCAGGUUCCAUCGCACUUUGGCCUCCAUCUGACGUUU